GGGAGAAUAACAUCUUUCAAUCUCAGUAUAAAUAUACAUUGGAUUUAUGUAUAUAUACUAAUAUAUUUUGAGUCCGGGACGCAAAACGAAGUAAAUAAAUUGAAGAUGCUGUCAGUAAUGGUCUUUGUGUUGGCGCUUUUACAAGCGGCUAGUGGCUUCAUCAUUACCGUGGACGCCCACGAGGAGAUGUGCUUCUACGAUCGCGCCAAUGUCGGCGAUAAGGUGACCAUGUCCUUCGAGGUAAUGGAAGGCGGCUUCAAGGAUGUGGGCGUCGAGAUCUCGGGACCCGACGACGAUCGCCUGCACCACUCCGCGCAGGACACCUUGGGCAGCUUCACCUUCACGGCCAUGAAGGAGGGCCAGUACCAAUUGUGCUUCGACAAUAAAAUGUCCACGCUGACUCCCAAGAUCCUUAUGUUCCAGUUUCACGUGGCCAGGGCCAUUGAGUUCUAUAUGGACUCCUCCAAACGGGGGGACGACGUCAUCGAGCAGACAGCCGUCCAGUCGAUGAUCAACGAGCUCUCCGCCAAACUGGGAGCCGUGAAGAUGGAGCAGGAAUACAUGCACUUCCGCUAUCGCGGCCACUUGGAGGUCAGCGAUAUGGUGGAACUCCGGGUACUGGCGUGGUCUAUAUUUGGACCCAUGUUGCUGAUCAUCACGGCGAUUCUGGAGGUAUACUACCUCAAGAAUUUCUUCGAAGUCAAGCGCGUGGUUUGAACUGCAAGUCGAGGAGUCGCGAAUGGAAGUUUAUAGGAUUUCACAAUCUGCAUGUCAUAGCAUAACAUUUUCUUAAUAUUGUUCCAAAGAAAAGCAUCGAUCUAUUCAUUUCA